CGGGUCGCCGCCGGAGCAGCUGGAAGCCCGGCGAGUUGCAUCAGCCGCUUCCCAUCUCGCCGCGGCGUCCGUGGCGAGGCGCUGCCUAGCUACGUGCGACCGUUGUGGAGCCUUCUCUUUCCCAUUCAACCAACUGCCACGAGAGCGGCCGCGUGCGAGGACCGCUCCCCGGCUCCGGCGCGCGCUCAACCCCCGUCGGCGUGUGUCUUCGCCGGCUCAAGACGACGCAAUAUUUACAUCUGCGUCGGCGUGCGCCUUGACCCGAGGAGCCCUCCCGAACAUUUGGUGUGUGCGUGCGCGCGCGUGCGGGUAGGACAGGGCCAACGGGUGGACACUUUCCGCACCAAUGCAAAACGGCAGCUAUACCUCGCUGAACAAGACGGCGGACGGCGAUGGCCGGCGCAAAAGCUCGGCCAGCUCCGGCAGCGACGACACACGCGGCAAGUUCGGCAGCCGCAUCGAGUCGCUGCUGUACUGCAUCGGCUUCGCCGUCGGCAUCGGCGACGUCUGGCGGUUCCCCAUCCUGGUCUACCAGAAUGGAGGAGGCGCCUUCUUCGCAGCCUACGUCAUCGUUAUGAUCCUGGUCGCCAUUCCCCUGUUCACCAUGGAACUGGCACUCGGUCAAUUUUCCAGCCUCGGACCGAUUGCAGUGUGGAAGUGUCUACCAGUGGCACAAGGCAUCGGCGUCGCCAUGGUGGUGAUGUCGCUGCUGGUGGCCAUCUACUACAACGUGAUCCUGUGCUACACCCUCUACUACCUGGCCCAGUCAUUCCGGUCCGUGCUACCGUGGGCCGACUGCUACGAGUGGUGGGGCGCGGACCCGGAGACGUGCUACGUGCGAUACGACAACCACACCAAAUGCAGAGACGUUCCAGAGGUGCUGUGGAGGACGUACGGUGGUUCCAACAGUAGCAACGUGAGCAGCGUCAGCACCGGGCUUUUCUCCUCAAGUGACGUAGUCUGGCUCACAUCGGCAGCACACGGCGCGAACUUCUCGGUGCCCGUGGACGCGUUCCAGACCAUGAUGGCCAACUGCUCCAACGCGACUCAGACGGCGGCAGAACAGUUCUGGGAGAAAUACGUCCUGGACUUGUCCCCAAACAUUGAAGAGGUGGGCAGCAUCAAGUGGGACCUCUGCCUCUGCCUCUUCGUCAGCUGGCUGAUCGUGUUCUUAUGCCUCAUUCGUGGUGUGUCGUCCUCGGGAAAGGUGGUCUACUUCACGGCGACCUUCCCGUACGUGGUGCUCUUCAUCCUGCUCGUCAAGGGCGUCACCCUGAGUGGCUCCGGACAGGGGAUCGCCUACUUCCUCGUGCCGGACUUCACCAAGCUCACCGACCUCAACAUAUGGAGGCGGGCAACGGAACAGGUCUUCUACUCGCUGGCCAUCUCGUGGGGAGGCCUCAUCAUGUCCGGAAGCUACAACCCAUUCCGCUACGCCAUACACGUUGACGCGUCCAUCGUAGUGGUGGCCGACCUGAUCACAAGCUUGCUCGGCGGUAUCGCCAUCUUCGCUGUUCUCGGCCACAUGUCUCUGGAACUGCAGGUGCCCAUUGAGGAGGUCGCCAAGGCUGGUCAAGGCCUGGCCUUCGUCAUCUACCCCGAAGCUCUGACCACAUUCUGGUGUCCGCAGCUGUGGUCCUUCAUCUUCUUUUUCAUGCUCUACCUGCUUGGAAUCGACAGCGAGUUCCCGCUCCUGCAGACGACGUUGACCGUGCUGUCGGACACGUUUCCCGUGCUGCGCAAGUACCGCAGCUUGACCGCGCUCGUCGCCUGCACCACCUGCUUCAUCAUCGGACUCUCCUGCGUCACUCAGGGCGGCCAGUACGUGCUGAACCUGCUGGACACAUACUGCGCCGGCGUGUCCGCGCUGUUCAUCGCCAUGUGCGAGGUCAUGGCACUCAUGUGGCUUUACGGUGUGCGACGUUUCUCUAACGACAUCAAGUUCAUGCUGGGCAAGACGCCUCCGUGGAUCUUCCGCUUCAGCUGGGCAUGCCUGUCGCCAGUCAUCCUAUGCGUUCUAGUGGUGUACGGCCUAGUCAUGGCCGCCCCCGUCAUGUACAACAACGUCGAGCCGUAUCCAGCGUGGGCCAACCGGGUCGGCUGGUUCUUCGCCUCGUUGUCCAUGAUCCAGAUUCCGCUCUGGGCGGGCGUGGCGCUCUUCAGGGCCAGAAAGAACAUUCGCUCGGCGUUCGAACCGACGGACACGUGGGGCCCUGCGGAGAAGAAGCUUCUCCAGGAGUACCGCGCGACGGUGGCCAACACCAAGGACAGGACUUGCAAUGUGGCUCUAAGGACUGUGUCCGCCAACGGAACGGCGGCUUAACUUAUUCUGUCCCAGUGCUUCACCGAUGCUAUAGUUCGUUCGGAUUACUCACGGUCGGCUGCAGCGUGUGUAGAAUAAUUUGCUUCCUGCUCGGCAGAAUGACGAUGAAAAAAAAAAAAAAGAAACGGGGGCCAUCAAAUUUAGAAGAGCUCGUCGACGCAGAGUUCUUAUAGGACCACGCACCCCACCCUUGCGAGGGCAAGGGGCUAGAGUGUUGCGCCGUUGAUGUGAAAGACAGGAUUUCGAUUACGUAUUUUUGUACGAGGGACAAUUACUUCAUUGAAACAACUCCUUGUCCUAAAACCGUCGGUGGGAUGCUGGUGGCAGUUUCGUCGGUUAGCGCACUACGCAUUCGCAUUGAUUCGGACAAGGAGUGGCUGCGUAACCGUUUCGACGAAGGAGUUUUUAUCUGUUAUUUUUGGACACUAAUCUUUCUUAUUGAAGGACUGUCGCGCUCAGUCUCGCCGACGCAGUGACUUUCGUGCUCAUUGAGCUAUAGCGCGUACUCUACGUCGCCAUGUCGUCGCCAUGUUGAACAGCGUUUGUGGCGCCAUCUGUUCGCGGGCGUCACGAGGCAGCACAUUUUGAGGAUGGCCUCCGAGACCUCCUGGGACCGCGCGCGCCCCCUAGACGUCGGAUGCCUUGUUCUUACCUGCGAGAUGGGACGUAAUCGUAAACCGUCGUAAUUAUAAGGCAAUUUUCUCUGGUCACGUGCCAUCACGUGAGCGGUUGUAAGAACCCUGUGCCGUGAGACGUUCUGUGAAUGCAACGGCUAUCAUUUGAGAAUUUCGCUUGGAGAUUUGCACUACGUUGUGCGUUGUGUGUUCAUUGCCAGUUCAGAGCUUCCUCGUUGCCGACAGAUGGCGCCGCUGGCGCAUUAAGUGCGGUGGGGUCGUGCAGCCUCACGAUGCAUCAAGUCUACUAAUACGCCGUUCAUGUCGGAUGUCCCCGAACUACGUACGUGUCGAUCUCUUCGGACUAGGCGAGCGUUGUGGGCGUAUUUUCGACUCGAAUUCGCCGUUUGCAGAAGCAGACGAAUCUACACCAGCCAUUUCGGCAGUUUUUAAAACGAACGAAACCGGUGAGUGCGCCUUUCUGAACAUGUACGUUCCUGACAAUGUCUGAUGGACGAAUUCCGAGUAAUGUUCGAACAUCACCGAUGCGGAUUGGAACUGUCGUUCGAUCGCAACUAUGACACGUGAAGAAAAAAAAAAUAAAGAGACAUCUGCGCCGCUGUGCGGCUGCUCUCGUCUAAAAUGAAAGUAACAAACAAACAAAAAGAAGCCUGAGAAAAGCGAACGAAAGAAAACACAGAGAGUGCGAAAUCCUGUAUGUCAGUUAAUGUAUUCAUGUCACUGUUUACAAAAAAAAAAAAUCGCGAACCUCCGUUAUACUUUCAGUCUGCGACAGACAGGCAAGACAUUCGUCUGCUUAGUCCAUAUACGCCCUCAUCGCAAUUCUAAACUUACCCUUAAUGUUCGUAACUCUACGUGUAUAUGUAUAGCUCUGCCAGUUAGCAGAGUUGAACGUGUCGUAAACAUUCUGUGAAUGUUCCUUUCUCUCUUUCUUUCCUUCCCACAAUCAGUUAUGUGCAUUAUUCGCACUUCCUUUUCUUAAAAACUUUCCCGAUCUUCAUUUUACACAGAAGGACAUCCACGACGCUUUUGUUACGUUUUUCCCGCAUACUUGUACAUACCGGGAAUACUUGACGGUAAAUGGCGUAUUCCGUGAUUCCAUCAGCGCAUCUUAUGCGACAAACGACAAUGGUAUACAACAAGGACGUUUUUCUCAACCUACAUUACCUCAGCAUGUCGGCUGUCUGCCACCGAUGAGAAAAAGUGGUGGUCUCGCGACCAAAAUCAUAACUCUGUGUAUGGUCAAGCGAUUAACCGUGGUAGAACAAUGAAUGUCGCUCAAGCCUUCAGCGACACUCCUUGUUCUACCACAGUUAAUCAUUUCAGCUAUCUUAUCUUUCUGUGAGUCUCUCUCUCUCUCUCUUGUUCGUGUAUGGUCAAGGCAGAUGUGAAACGCAGACUAUACAGUCUAAGAAAAACAAAUUCGCACACUUCGUGGGGGGCGGGGCUUAUCGUCCCCCUACAAUUAUCUUCAUUUAUCUCUGCUUCCGAUUACUUUAUUUAACGGUGCGCUCCUGAUGCGCUAUCAGGUCACGAACGGCAUGCGCGCACCACCAGCGUGACAUGUAGUUCCUGACCGGGAAGCAGCCAGCGUAGAUUGUUAACCCUCUCUGGUCCAAGGGUUUCUACAGGACAGGAAUCAUAACGCUUAACAUUAAAUAUCCGAAAUGGCGAAAAACAGACACCAAAAAUUACCUUCGAAAUCUGAGCGUAAGCAUGUCUAAUUAUGUAGUCUGUCAAUUUUGGUGUCGCAGAUAAAUGUAAUUCUCCGUGACAUUUCACAAAUAUCCGGGCACCGCCCGCGUCAAGCGGAAGCUAGGCCCCUUUGCAGUAUACCUUUGGAGCAUGCUACCUAAGCCACAUCACUGGCCUUGGGUGGCGCGAGAAUGUUCUUCAGAUAUUUUUUAGCCAUACUAAAAACCGUAAUGAUUAGGAAAUAAGUUCGAAGGCCCACAUGCUGUCUCCAACGGCCUUACUUAUUACCAGAUUAUGAGACAAGCCUUUCAUACGUUGCCAAAAACUGCAUGGAUCAUUUUCCUUUCUUUUUUCCCUCGCUUUUGUUAUGCAGAUUCACACAUAAAUUUCUCACUUCGGUAAUAAAAUUCGGACCAGAAAGCGUUAAAGAAAGGAGCUGCACGCAAGAUAGAUAACGAUUAUUUUUUGAGGACAGCGAUGUAAGCCCCGAAGUGUGUGAAAAAUAUUUUGGUUAUAGGGGGGGGGGGGGGGGGGGCAUGCCGUAUCUUACAUUCAUAUACGAAGAGUAUACUCGAGGGAAGAUCGAGGGACUGCUCCACAUGACAAAGUACUGAACAUGCCUACUGAAUGUUAGAAACGCGAAGCAGUUUUUGUGCCUACAUCGCCAAGAACGUGACUUCGUUGUUCACUGGACCUCGUCACGGACAGGUAUCGAACUGUAACAAGCGAGCGUCCAACUUGUCACGCCAAGUUCUCUGUUCACGGAACAUUGCGAACACUCCAGAAUUAAAACUACCUUUUGUUA